AUGACUGCUAUGAUCGGUUUCCUUCACGGUGAAAUUGACCAGGUGGCCAAGGAGCCCGGCGCCUCCUGCUCUCGCUUCUGCUCCUCUCAGUCAGGGAGGCGGGGAGCGGCCAUACCCAACUCGGUCGCCGAGGAGGCCAAACACGGCACCUUCGUGGGCCGCAUCGCCCAGGACCUGGGGCUGGAGCUGGCGGAGCUGGUGCCGCGCCUGUUCCGGAUGGCGUCCAAAGGCGGCGGGGACCUUCUGGAGGUAAACCUGCAGAAUGGCAUUUUGUUUGUGAAUUCUCGGAUCGACCGGGAGGAGCUGUGCGGGCGGAGCCUGGAGUGCAGCAUCCACCUGGAGGUGAUCGUGGAGCGGCCGCUGCAGGUGUUCCACGUGGAGGUGGAGGUGAAGGACAUUAACGACAACCCGCCUGUGUUUCCAGCAACAAACAAAAAUCUCUUCAUUUCUGAAACUAGGGCUCUUGACUCUCAUUUUUCACUAGAGGGCGCCACUGAUGCAGAUAUCGGGGCGAACGCACAGCUGACUUACAGACUGAGCCCCAAUGAAUAUUUCUCUCUGGAAGCACCGACCAGCGAGGAGCAGGUAAAACCUCUCGAACUAGUAUUAAAAAAACCUUUGGACAGGGAAGUCACUUCAGAGCUUCUUUUGGUGCUCAAAGCAACGGAUGGGGGCAAACCCGAGCUGACAGGCGCUGUUGAGUUACACAUCACAGUGCUGGAUGUGAAUGACAAUGCUCCAGUGUUUGACAAAGCAGUUCAUCGUAUAAAAUUACUGGAAAAUGCAAGAAAUGGUACACUGGUUGUUAGACUUAACGCCUCAGAUUUGGACGAGGGUUCAAACAGCCACGUUCUUUAUUCCUUUGCAAAUGAUGUCUUCUCUAACACAGAAGCCUCUUUUCGCAUAGAUUCUAACAGUGGAGAAAUAAAAGUAAAUGGAAGAAUAGAUUUUGAAGAAACUAAAUUAUGGAAACUUCAAAUAGAAGCAGUUGACAAAGGAAAUCCCCCAAUGUUUGGUCACUGCACAGUCUUGGUAGAAAUCUUGGAUGUCAACGAUAAUGCUCCGGAGUUGCUAGUGACUUCGUUAUUGUUUUCUAUUCCAGAGGAUGCUCCACUGGGGACAGUCAUUGCUCUAAUUAGUGUAACUGACCGUGACGCCGGUGAAAACGCUCAGCUGACCUGCUCCCUGACGCCCCACAGCCCCUUCAAGCUGGUGUCCACCUUCAAGAAUUACUAUUCGCUGGUGCUGGACGGCGCCUUGGACCGCGAGAGCGUGGCGAGCUACGAGCUGGUGGUGACCGCGCGGGACGGCGGCUCGCCUUCGCUGUGGGCCACGGCCAGCGUGUCGGUGGAGGUGGGCGACGUGAACGACAACGCGCCGGUGUUCGCGCAGGCCGAGUACACGGUGUUCGUGAAGGAGAACAACGCGCCCGGCUGCCACAUCUUCACGGUGUCGGCGCGCGACGCGGACGCGCAGGAGAACGCGCGGGUGGCCUACUCGCUGGUGGAGCGGCGGGUGGGCGAGCGCGCGCUGUCGAGCUACGUGUCGGUGCACGCGGAGAGCGGCAAGGUGUUCGCGCUGCAGCCGCUGGACCGCGAGGAGCUGGAGCUGCUGCAGGUCGGGGUGAGCGCGCGCGACGCGGGCGCGCCGCCUCUGGGCAGCAACGUGACGCUGCAGGUGUUCGUGCUGGACGAGAACGACAACGCGCCGGCGCUGCUGCCGCCGCCGCCGCCGUCGCCUUGGGCGCCGCCCGGGUGGCCCGGGGGCGCGGGCGGCGGGGCGGGCGUGGUGAGCCAGCGGGUGGCGCGGUGGGUGGGCGCGGGCCAGGUGGUGGCGAAGGUGCGCGCGGUGGACGCGGACUCGGGCUACAACGCGUGGCUGUCGUACGAGCUGCAGGAGGCGGCGUCGGGGGGCGCGCGGAGCGCGUUCCGCGUGGGGCUGUACACGGGCGAGAUCAGCACGACGCGUGCCCUGGACGAGGCGGACGCGGCGCGCCAGCGCCUGCUGGUGCUGGUGAAGGACCACGGCGAGCCGGCGCUGACGGCCACGGCCACGGUGCUGCUGUGGCUGGAGGACGGCGGCCCGGCGCCCAAGGCGUCCUCGCGGCGGGUGGUGGGCCCCGCGGCGGCGGAGGCGGCGCUGGUGGACGUGCACGUGUACCUGGUGGUGGCGAUCUGCGCGGUGUCGAGCCUGCUGGUGCUGACGCUGCUGGUGUACACGGCGCUGCGGUGCUCGGCGCCGCGCGGCGAGGGCGCGUGCGUGCCCGGGCAGGCGCGGCUGGUGUGCUCGAGCGCGGUGGGCAGCUGGUCUUCGUCUCCGCGGCGGCGGCGGCGGCAGCGGCAGCAGGUGUGCUCUGGGGAGGGGCCGCCCAAGGCCGACCUCAUGGCCUUCAGUCCUAGUGUUCCUCCUUGUUCGACUUCUGGAGAUACUGGAGACCAACAGGAGUUUUGCGAGAAUGCACAAGGUGUCGCUCUUUACUUGGAGGAAAUAGUUCUUCAAGGGUUGGUCUGA